UUCACUCUCAGAGGCAGUGAGUGCUUGGAAGGUCCCCUUCCCGGACACACCAUGGCUGCACGGACUGUCCCCCACGCCUACCCCAUGAGUUUGGAGUACGAGUUUGCCAACCCCAGCAAGAUCUACGACCAGAACUUUGGAGAAGGUGUGUCCCCAUGUGAGAUUUUAGCCCCUGCCCUGUACCAUGGCUACUACAUCAGGCCUCGGAUCAAUAAGCAGCUGGAUCGAGGCACCUCUGAGAUCAGCCUCAAUGAGCACAAAUUCCAGGUGUUCCUGGAUGUCUGUCACUUCCUGCCGGAUGAGCUCACUGUCCGCACCGUAGACAACCUGCUGGAGGUGAUGGGGCAGCACCCACAGAAGGCUGACCGCCAUGGCUUCAUCUCCCGAGAGUUCACCAGGACCUACAUCCUCCCUCUGGAUGUCGACCCGUUGCUGGUGAGAGCCACAUUGUCCCACGAUGGCAUCUUAAGCAUUGUGGCUCCCCGGACGGGGAAGGAGGUGAAGGCCAGAGUCAACGAGGUGAAGAUAACCCAACAGGAGCAGCCAGUGGGAAAAGAAGAACAGUCUGAGGAAGGAAAAGGGAAGGAAGAGUCCUAAAGGCCCCAGAUCUGGGCUUGCACAGGGAAGGUGGGGGGGACAGGGGUGGGGAAUCCACGGUGCCAGACCCCGAUUUCUCACCAUCAGUGUUUAGCAGGGCUGUGAGGCAGCCAUAUAUAUGCCAGACUUCUGCUUCUUAAGGCUGAUGGCUGGAAAAAGGGACUUGGAACUGAAAAAAAGAAGGAGACUAAAGUGUUAGAGAUGGUAAUGCAAGUUUUCUCCUAGGUCAAGUGCUCACUGAGCACCACACAGGGUGCUCUUCUCUCACCCCAAAUGAGAAGGGUCACUCUCACCCUAAACUGUGAGGCUGUGUCGCAGUGGACUGUUAAACAGCUGCUGUGCUCUAGCCCAGAAGGGUACUGGGAAGAGGGAAGAGAGAACCCCAGUGCCUCACUUCUGAGCUGGUGGCUGACCUUUGUGGAGAUGGAAGGUACUUGUUGGUCUGUAAAAGUGCCUGCAGCUCUCAGGAGGAAAGAGGAAUAAAUCUGCCUCUGAUCUUC